CUGAUAUCGACUUCUUACUCAGCCCCAGCGGCCUUGACAAGCCAGACAAAGCUGCUUGGUUUGGAAGAAUGACGACACUUGAUAGCUUCCUGUUAGCGAGGCUGAUUUCGCAGGUUGCGUAAUGUGAAGAGAGUGGUCUGUAUGGCCCGGGGUAGCUUAGCAGUUUCGUUCAUUGCCUUGAUGUUAAACGGUACAAGAGGUGCCCCAAUUGUGAUACAAAGAACUCGAGUCUCUUAUAACACCUGGUUCAUACAAGAUCAUAACGUUCUAUUCAUAAUCAUCGACCUUAUCGUUGGCCUUAUAAUUUCCUUUUAUCGCAAUUAAUCUGGCCUUUGUUGGGCUUCAACCCUUCAAUGUCAUUCUAUUGAUACUGGUGGAUAUUAUUUACUGCUGUUAUGUUGUUAAGAAUGCACUUGGCAGGGGCAUUGGCGGGUUUGGGUGGAUAAACAGAGCCUACCAGCUUAAGAUGCAUUUAACGAAUUACAGAAGGUGUUGCCGGCAUCUGUUUCCGCAUAAGAACAAGAGCAUGGGCUGUGACUGGAAAGCGCCUCACACAGCCUGAU